CCCUGUCCCUUCUCUUCCUCGGCCCUUCCGACGGGUGGCCGCUGUCUCCCGGUAGAAGGCACCAUGGCCGCCCUCAGACCCCUCGUGAAGCCUAAGAUCGUCAAGAAGAGGACCAAGAAGUUCAUCAGGCACCAGUCCGACCGCUAUGUCAAGAUUAAGCGGAACUGGCGGAAGCCCAGAGGCAUCGACAACAGGGUGCGCCGCAGGUUCAAGGGCCAGAUCCUGAUGCCCAACAUCGGUUACGGGAGCAACAAGAAGACGAAGCACAUGCUGCCCAGCGGCUUCCGGAAGUUCCUGGUCCACAACGUCAAGGAGCUCGAGGUGCUGCUGAUGUGCAACAAAUCGUACUGUGCCGAGAUCGCCCACAACGUGUCCUCCAAGAACCGCAAAGCCAUCGUGGAGAGGGCGGCCCAGCUGGCCAUCAGGGUCACCAACCCCAACGCCAGGCUGCGCAGCGAAGAGAACGAGUAGGCGGGCGUGGGGCGCCUCGCGUUGUUAAUAAAGUGUGUAAAAGUGC